AUUCUCUAUAUAAAGCAAGGGCUAAAAGUAUUGUUCUUACAUCACCAAAAUACCGAAUCCACUCAGUCCCACAAUAAUAUUCAUCGUUGCUCUCUUUAUUCUUUCAUUUUCAAAAUAUCCAAAGAAAAAGAAACAAAGAAGAAGAAAAAAAUGUCGAACCACUCCACCUUAGGAGUAAAAGCUUUACCGAUCACCGACGAGAAGCCAACCACGGUUAAAGCGGUGGUCACUGUCCUGCAGACGGUGAAGGGGGCCGUCACCCACCUCGGAAUUAGCGGCGUGCUCGAUUUUAUAACCCAGCUGUUCGGUGAAACUCUUCUCAUCGAGCUUGUCGCUGCAGAACUCGAUUCCGAAACGGAAACGGAGAAACCUACCGUAAAAUUUUCCGCAAGAAGAUCAGGAAGUGAAGACAAUGAAAUCUACUACGAGGCUAGUUUCAAGAUUCCAAAGAAUUUCGGGGAGAUUGGUGCGGUACUAAUUGAGAAUAAACAUCACCAUGAAAUGUUUGUGAAGAAUAUUGUCUUUACUGGCUUCUCGAGUACGAGUGACUCACUCGAAGUUACUUGUAACUCGUGGGUUCAUCACACAUCCGACGACCUUCAUAAGAGAGUCUUUUUCUCUAACAAGUCAUAUUUGCCACGUGAAACUCCAAAUGGUCUGGAAAGGUACAGAGAGAAAGAGCUCGAGAUUCUACGUGGCGAUGGCCAAGGGGAGCGCAAAACCGCCGACAGAAUAUACGAUUACGAUGUUUACAACGAUAUCGGCGAUCCAGAUUCCGACGACGAUUUGGCCCGACCCGUUCUCGGGGGCUCCGUCCAUCCCUAUCCUCGCCGCAUCAGAACUGGCCGCCCUAGAACUAAGAAAGAUCCAUUAUCUGAGAAACCGAGCUCCAUUAUGUACGUGCCGAGAGAUGAAGCAUUUUCAGAAAUAAAGAAUCUGCAAUUCUCAGCAAACACUGUGUUCUCAGUCAUUCACGCAUUGAUUCCAUCGCUGAAGAGUACGGUCUUAAGCAGUAAUGAAUUCCCACACUUCACAGCUAUAGACACUCUAUUCAAUGAAGGAAUUGAGCUUCCGAACGAUGCAACAGUAGGGGCGUUAAGAAGUAUCAUACCUAGAAUUGUGAAGGCUAUCUCUGAUUCCGAAAAAAGUGUCCUUCGCUUUGAGACCCCUGAAUUUAUCGACAGAGAUAAGUUUGCCUGGUUUAGGGACGCUGAAUUUGCAAGACAAACUCUAGCAGGAAUUAAUCCAUGCGUCAUCAAAUUGGUCACGGAAUGGCCAUUGAAGAGUAACCUCGACCCUGAGGUGUACGGGCCAGCUGAAUCAGCAAUCACAACAGAGCUCGUAGAAAAAGAAAUUGGAGGCUGCACGACAGUGGAAAAGGCAUUGGAAGAAAAGAAGCUUUUCAUUAUAGAUUAUCAUGAUGUGUUCUUGCCAUAUGUGAACAAGGUAAGAGAGCUCGAGGGGACAACUCUUUAUGGAUCCAGGACAUUGUUUUACUUAACCUCUGACGGCACAUUGAGGCCUGUUGCAAUCGAGUUAACUCGACCACCAAUAGACGGGAAGCCCCAAUGGAAGCAAGUGUUCAAGCCAACUUGGGAUGCCACUGGUGUUUGGUUGUGGAGGCUUGCAAAGUCUCAUGUCUUGGCUCAUGACUCUGGUUUUCAUGAGUUAGUCACCCACUGGUUGCGUAGUCAUGCUUGCACAGAGCCUUACAUAAUUGCAACAAACAGGCAACUAAGUGCAAUGCACCCAAUUUACCGACUGUUGCAUCCUCAUUUACGUUACACGAUGGAAAUUAACGCUUUGGCUCGUGGGGGCCUUAUUAAUGCUGGUGGGAUCAUUGAGCGUGCAUUCUCACCUGGAAAGUAUUCCAUGGAAUUGAGCUCUGUUGCCUAUGACAAACUAUGGCAAUUCAACCUCGAGGGACUACCAGCAGAUUUAAUCAGCAGGGGAAUGGCUGUGGAGGAUCCAACUGCACCUCAUGGUCUGAAACUAACAAUCGAAGACUACCCUUACGCCAAUGAUGGUUUGCUUAUGUGGGAUGCUAUUAAAAAAUGGAUUGCUGACUAUGUUGCUUGCUACUAUCAAGAACCGAGCCUCGUACAAUCAGAUGACGAACUCCAAGCAUGGUGGACAGAGAUUCGAACAGUGGGCCAUGGGGAUAAGAAGGAUGCAACAUGGUGGCCAGAGCUAAAAACUCCCGAAGAUUUGGUUGGAAUUUUGACGACUAUCAUAUGGGUAGCUUCGGGUCAUCAUGCUGCUGUAAACUUUGGUCAAUUUGAUUUCGGUGCAUACUUUCCGAACAGGCCUACCAUUGCUCGAACACAAAUGCCAACUGAAGACCCGAACGAUGAAGCAACGAAACAAUUCAUGGAGAGGCCUGAGGAGUUCCUGCUAAAGAGCUUCCCUUCACAAAUUCAAGCUACAAUAAUUAUGGCCAUUAUUGAUGUACUGUCAACUCAUUCGCCCGAUGAGGAGUAUAUCGGAGAGAAAAUUCAGCCGUAUUGGGCAGAUGAUAAAGUUAUUACGGCUGCAUUUGAACGGUUUAAUGGAAGAAUGAAGGUGAUCGAAGGGAUUAUUGAUGCUAGAAAUGCAGACACGAAUUUGAGGAACAGGGUAGGUGCUGGAGUGGUGCCGUACCAGCUUCUCAAGCCGUUUUCUGAAGCUGGUGUCACCGGAAAGGGUGUCCCGAAUAGUGUUUCUAUUUAAUUACGGGUUUUCGAUCAUCUCUUUUCGUCUUAUUUUUUGUGAUGUACAAGUCCUGCAUUGUCUUUUCUGAACUGCGUUAACGCAUUGUUUAAAUGCUUCAUUUUCAAGAAAAUCAUAUUGAAAAGUAUUAACAAUGUUUUCUUCA